AUGGACUUCUCUUAUUUCUUCUCCACCACCACCUCCUCCUCUUCUUCUACUUCACCAAUCUCCAACGGGCUGCAAGAGAAGAAACCUAAGCGCAAACCACCACGGCAGCACCAAGACAACGACCGCAAUGGCAACGGGACGGGCGGCAGCACGAAGUACCUUGGAGUGCGGCGGCGGCCAUGGGGGCGAUACGCGGCGGAGAUACGCGACCCAGCGACCAAGGAGCGCCACUGGCUCGGCACUUUCGAUACCGCCGAGGAGGCCGCCGUCGCAUACGACCGCGCCGCCCGCACCCUCCGCGGGCCCCACGCUCGCACCAACUUCGCUUAUCCGGACCUCCCACCUGGCUCCUCCCUCACCCCCUUCCUAUCCCCUGACCUCCAACAACACAGCCUUCUGCUUCCCUUCUACAUGCCGGCAGCAACCCCGGAGUCACCUUACCCUCCGGUCACGUUACCCGACCACCAAGCUCUUCGUGGCAACGAACCCAUGAUUUGUGGUGGAGUCCACAAACCGGAGGUCUGCUAUUCUUCUCCUUCUUCGUCGUUGUUAACUUUACCUGUUACACCACCUCCGCCACCAAUAUCUCCGCUGGUGGUGACGUCGUCAUCGGAGACGGACGCUCCGGCGGUCGAAUGCUCCGCCCCAGGGCUGACGGAGGAGAUAGCGGCGGCGGCGAUGUGGUGCGACGCGGGUGAGUUCAACGCGUGCGGCUCGCCGGCGGCGAGUGGUUCUGGUGGGAUGUACUUCGAGGAGGGUUACGUGCACAGCCCAUUGUUCGGGCCGAUGCCGACGGUGGACGACGCCGACGGAUUCCAGCUGGGGAGCUCCUCUUCCUCUUACUUCUUUUGA